AUGGCCCAGACCGCUGCCGAUGCUUUCGACUACAGCGCAAUUAAUUUGCACAUGGCGAAACAACUCGUCAAGGACCUGCUCGAGGCCUUCGACGCCGAGGGGAAUCGGACGAGGCUGGCCCGGGCGCUCGUGACUGCGCAGGAGAAGACCGAUGCGCUGAUGUUAACCGUCACGCCGCUCGCCGUCGACAUUGCGUCCGAAGCCUUAUCAAGGUGGGGCAUUGUUGAAAACGAGGGCGACGCCUUCGUGCGUGUGAUGGAGCGCAUCUCGCUAUUAGCUCCUAGAGAUGAAGAGUUGUCGUACGACGUGUAUCAGCUUCACCAGAAAUUUCUGCCCGUACCGCCCAAAGAGUUACUGGAAGCGGAAGCCAAACGAGUCAAGGAGGAGCUCCGGCAGAAAAAACGAAUGGAGCAGCAGGCGAAGGAGGAAGAAGAAGCCGCAGCCGAGGCUCAACGAAAGGCGGAAGCGAGGCAGUUCGCGCGGGAGACGUUCGGCGAGGGGACGACCGCUUGAGUAAGGUGUUGUUGUGUUGCUCGUAGUGCGGCGACGGCGUCUCUGGCGGCGUCUCUCGUGGUUCGCGACGGCGCGGCCGGCUUUCGCGGCGAGCCCUGUGCACUUCUCGCCUAAAUCUAGAGCCUAAAUCGGCGCACGAGUCGCCGUCGUCGUCGGGCCGCGGCGUGGGCGCGGGCGCGGGCUCGUCGUCCUGUGCGCUGAUUAGUUGUGCCUCCGACGCCCAAGCGUCCCGCGGGCAAGCUCGGUAGUCAAAUGCGGAGCUAGGCGUACCCUAGAAGUCCGGGGAGCCGUCUCCCGGACCCGUAGUCGUAAUAGAGGUGCCGCGCGCGGCGGCCAAUAGCGCCGCUCUCAAGCUUUGAAACCGGUGCAGAGUUUCGCGCGUGUGCUGCACGCGAGAACGCGAGGCGUUUUGUGCACGCUCGCGUGCCUUUCUAAAGGCCAAUUGACAGAAAUGUGAGCAAAUUUUGAGUCUGUUUUACGUUUUUCUGAAAAACGCGCGCUAGCGGCCUGUAAGACACUAGCAAGCCAGCUUUUCGUCCCACACAGGUCGGCCGCGUACGUCUACGGCCACGGAACCAAUAAUGCUGCUGCUGGUGUUGUUGUUCGAGACGACAAGCCUGAUCCAUGGAAGCACAAGCGGGAACUGGAAGCGCAGCGCAAGACGCUCCAGCCGCACGAGCUGGAUGGCCUGAACGAGGCGUCGUUCGCGCAACGGCAGGCCUGGAACCCCAAGGGCGGCUCGUACCCGCCGCUGGACACGUCCGGGUACGGCCCCAUCCAAGAAGCUCUCAAACAAAAGGUCGGCGACGCGUACGUCCGCGUGCUGUCGCCCUCCGCGGGCGCCGCGCUGAAAAAAGUCGGAGCGGCGUUCCGGGAGAGCGACAAGGGCUGGGGCGGACGAGGAUACAGCUUGUCCGAAAAUCAGGGCCGCCGCGGCAUCCCGUUUCACCGUGUCGGGACGGGCGAGCUGACGCCGAGCGGCGAGCAUUUGCGCGGCUUGGUGUCCCACGAGCCGUUCGACGUCGUCGAGGACGUCGUGCGGACGCUCGUCGGCGACGAGUUCCUCGACGAUAGCCACACGCGCCUCCUGGUGGCGAACCCGACGCGCGGCGGCGUGCUCUCGCAGGGCCCGCACGCCGACGCCGUCGUCGUCCACAAGCACAAGGUCGAGGAGGAGGAGACGCACGAGCAGCUGCGCUGGCUCUGGAUGAGCGCCAUGGCCGUCAUCUGCUUCGUCGUCAGCUUCGAGAACGGCAACUACGGGAUCCCGCGCGAAGGCCCGCUCUUCGGGAUUUUCGCUUGUGUCACCCUCGAGCUCCCGGCCAGCGCGAUCUACGCGCUGACGGCGCUGCUCGCCGGCCAGAAGCCCUUCGGCUUCGUGCGCAUCGACGGCGAGAUCUACAAGCUGCGCAUCUACCACCUGGUCUUCGGCAUCAAGGAGCAGCGCGCGCUGACGGUGGCGUCGGUCCUCGUCCCGCUCGGCGGCGCCGCCGCGGCGAUCGCGGCGGCCGACCGGCGCAUCGACGCGCUCGCGCGACGCCUCUCCUGCGACGACGUGCUCACGGUCGCCGAGCUGUUCCCGCUGCGCGUCGCGCCGUGCGUCGUCGGCGCCGUCAGCGGCCUCCUCGGCCUCGGCGGCGGCAGCGUGCUCUGCUACGGCGGCGCGCCCGCGGGCGACGCCGACGCCCUGGCGGCGGCCGUGGUUUUGCCGGCGGAGGCGAAGAAGCUGCGGCGCGAGAACCGGCGCGCGGCGGACGCGGCCCGCGAGGCGUUGCGCGACCUCUUCGUGCGAUCGGGCGACGCGCGCGGCGCGCGCGCGCUUCUCGGUUUUAGCGGACACGAUACGGCGGCGCACGACGCGGGCGCGAACGCGCUCGCCGAUCUCGAGACGCUGGUCGAGCGCGAGGCGCGGCGAGACGCGCGCGCACGCCGUGAAGCGGAACUGUGCGCCGCGCACAUGCGGCAGUUUAGGCCGUCGGAUGAGACGCUAGGGCGUUUCCAGAUGCCGACGGAUGUGUUCGCGGCGCCGUCGGACGCGGCGUUCGGUGCUGUUCUGCCGCCGCCCCCACCUUUGCCUGCGCGGCACUUUGUUCUGGAUGAGACGCGAAGGCGUUUCCAGGUGCCGACGGAUGUGUUCGCGGCGCCGUCGGACGCGGCGUUCGGUGCUGUUUCGCCGCCGCCCCCACCUCUGCCUCGGACGCUAGGUUUCCAGGAGCAGGGCCCGCGCCUCGCUGAUUUAAUGGACCAAUUCUUUCCCAAGGGAGGAACGACGUCCGAGCGGCCGCGGGUCGAGCUGCCGCAGCCAACGACCUUCGAGCGGCCGCGGGUCGAGCUGCCGCCGCCACGGGACGAUGAGCGCCGCGCGAAGGCACCGAGGGCGCCGGGGGUGCCGAAGGAGGUGUGUGCCGCGAUGGAUUCAGCGCUGGGUAGGCUGGAGCGCCGCCUCGAGACGCCGGAUCAACGCGAGGCGCGGCUGGCGCCGGCGCGGGAGCGGUGGCGAGACGCGCGCGACGCCUUGCGCGAGAAGCACGGGUCCUUCUGCCGCUGCAAGAACUCCAAGUGCCUCAAGAGGUACUGCGAGUGCUUCGAGCGCGGCGUGCUGUGCGGCGACUCGUGCAAGUGCGAGAACUGCGAGAACAUUGCGGGCUCGGCUUCAUUGCGGGAGGCGCGCGCUGCGAUCGCGGAGCUCCCGCCGUCGCGCGACGGCUGCACCUGCAAGAAUAGUCGCUGCCUCAAGCUCUACUGCGUCUGCUUUAAGGCCGGCAGCAAAUGCGUCGCGGCGUGCAAGUGCGUCGACUGCCAGAACGGCCGGCCCGCCGAUGCGCCCAUCCCCGCGCCGCCGAAGAAGCGCCGCGCCGCGCCGUCGAAGAAGGCCGCGCCGCCGAAGAAGCGCCAGAGAGUUGACCGCGCAGCCGACGAGACCGCCGACGAUGCUGCUGGGGAGGUUCGAGGAGGCCUACUGCUCAACGCGGCGCGGCUGGCGGCUCUUAGGGAAGAGUACGCGCGCGAGCGCGAGCGGGCCGCCGCGGGGGCGACGCCGUCGCCGCCGUCGCAGUGACGGGCGUCGCGGCGGGCCCGCGGACUAUCGCCUGAUAUGAACGUCGCGGAUCCGAGACGUGGGGCGCGCGUCGUGCGCGUCGACCGAAUCACGAUUCCAUAACUUGUUGUUCUUUUGGAAGUUGUGCUACGCCGGAAGAUCACGCAGUCCUGCUUCCUAGAAUCUCAGAGCACGCUAGCUCGCGCUCUCGUUAAAGUUUAAAACUCAGCAGGCGCCCGCUCGAUUUACGAGCGCGCGGUACAAAAGAAUGACCGCCCUGGCAAUGCCGCACGUCGACAGCGUCCAGAGCUCAACGCCCACAGCUUGGCGCGCCGCGCGCGGCCGCUCAGCGCGCGGUUUCGGCCAAAAGCCGACUGAGUUUGAAAUGUGCACUGCGGAGCGCGCGGGAGCGCCAGGCGGCCGCGCGGCCCGGCCACGCUGCCGCCACCCGCCCGCCCACACACUCACAGCCUCGCCGCCCCCGCAAAACCGCGCGCACGGAGGACAGCACACGCGCCGGCGCACGCCGCGACUCGGAAACUCUGAGCUGGCGCCGGCCGGCCGCCGCGGCGCGCGGACGCCGUGGCCCCGCCGCCGCCGCGGUCCCCGCCACGCGCACUACGACGAGAGGUCGCACCCACGCCCACCACACGCCGCGACUCAGAAUCCCGACGAAACCGCCGACCGCAGGCCCGCGAACCUGUCGAGGGACCAGUCCCGCGUCUCCGAGGACGACGACGACAUCCACGUCAUCAAGCGCAACGGCAAGAAGGAGGUCGUGCGCUACGACAAGAUCACGAGCCGCAUCAAAAAGUUAUGCUAUGGUUUGGACUCCAAGUACAUCAAGCCGAACGUCCUGACCCAAAAGGUCAUCCAGGGCGUCUACGACGGCGUCACGACCCACGAGCUCGACGAGCUCGCCGCCCAGACGGCGGCCUACAUGGCCACGCAGCACCCGGACUUUUCGCGUUUGGCGGCGAGGAUCUCGGUCUCGAACCUCCACAAGUCCACCGACAAGGUCUUCAGCGAUGUGGUGGAGAAGCUCCACAAGCACGUCCACCCGAAGACGAAGAAGCCCGCGUCGCUCAUCGCCGACGACGUCUACGAGGUCAUCAUGUGCGUCUCGCGGCGUCCUCGCAUCGCGCCCAAAAUCACGUCUCCCGUCACGCGACACCGCCGCAGGUCGAACAAGGACAAGAUCAACGGGGCGAUCGUCUACGACCGCGACUUUGAAUACGACUACUUCGGCUUCAAGACCCUCGAGAGAAGCUACUUGAUGCGCUGCGACGGCGAGAUCGCGGAACGGCCCCAGCACAUGAUCAUGCGCGUGGCGAUCGGUAUUCACGGGAGUGACGUCGACGCGGCCAUCGAGACCUACGAGCUCAUGUCCCAGAAGUACUUCACGCACGCGACGCCGACGCUCUUCAACGCCGGGACGCCGAGACCCCAAUUAUCUUCCUGUUUCUUAUUAGCGAUGAAGGAGGACAGCAUCGAGGGGAUUUACGACACUUUGAAGAGGUGUGCCUGCAUCUCGAAGUACGCCGGCGGCAUCGGCCUGUCCGUGCACAACAUCCGGGCCACGGAUUCUUAUAUUCGCGGUUCGAACGGUACGUCCAACGGCAUCGUGCCGAUGCUCCGCGUUUACAAUGACACUGCGAGAUAUGUGGACCAGGGCGGCGGCAAGAGGAAAGGGUCGUUCGCCAUCUACUUGGAGCCCUGGCACGCCGACAUCGAGACGUUCUUGGAUUUGAAGAAGAACCACGGCAACGAGUUGGAACGGGCCCGGGAUUUAUUUUACGGCCUUUGGAUUCCCGACCUGUUCAUGCGUAGAGUGGAGGCGAACGAGCAGUGGUCGCUCAUGUGUCCGAAUGAGUGCCCGGGCUUGGCGGAUUGCCACGGGAAGGAAUUUGAGGAGCUCUAUGAAAAAUAUGAAAAGGAGGGCCGGGCGCGCAAGCAGAUCCCGGCUCAACAGUUGUGGUUCGCGAUCCUCGAUUCGCAAGUCGAGACGGGCACGCCCUACAUGCUCUACAAGGACGCUUGUAAUGGGAAGAGCAACCAGAAGCAUUUGGGGACGAUCAAAUCCAGCAACUUGUGCACGGAGAUCGUCGAGUACACGUCGCCCGACGAAGUCGCCGUCUGCAACCUGGCCUCGAUCAACCUCACGGCCAUGGUCACUGAUGAUCAGUUCGACUUCAAGCAACUCCGUAAAAUUGCCAACGUGGUUACUCGUAAUUUGAACAAAGUGAUUGACGUGAACUACUACCCCGUCCAGGAGGCCGAGAACAGCAACAUGCGCCACCGCCCCAUCGGCAUCGGCGUGCAAGGUCUCGCGGAUGCGUUGGUGAAGCUGCGCCUCCCGUACGAGGGCGACGCCGCGCGCCAGCUCAACAAGGACAUCUUCGAGACGAUCUAUUACGGCGCGGUGCGGUGUCCUAUGCACUUCACGAUGACGACGCGACUCGUCUCCAGGAAUGAUGGAACCGCGUCGUGACUCGAUGUCGAACGCAGGCGCCAUGGAGGCCUCGAUCCAGCUCGCCAAGGAGCAGGGCACCUACGAGACGUACGAAGGGUCUCCGACGUCCCAAGGCUUGUUACAACCUGAUCUGUGGAACGUGACGCCCAGCAGCCGCUGGGACUGGGCCCAAUUACGUAGAGAUCUGGCCGAGCACGGGUGCAGGAACUCGCUCCUCCUCGCCCCGAUGCCCACGGCGUCGACGGCCCAGAUCCUCGGGAACAACGAGUCGUUUGAACCUUUUACGAGCAACAUGUUCACCAGACGUGUCUUGGCCGGCGAGUUCGCCGUGGUCAACAAGUACCUGCUGAACGACUUGAUUGCGCGGGGCCUCUGGACGCCGGAGGUCCGCAACCAGAUCAUCGCGGACAAGGGAAGCGUCCAGGCCGUCGCGGGCAUUCCCGACGACCUUAAGGCCCUCUACAAGACGACGUGGGAGAUCAAGCAGAAGUGCGUGCUCGACAUGUCGGCGGAUCGGGGCGCGUUCAUCUGCCAGUCGCAGUCCCUCAAUUUACAUAUUGCGGAGCCGUCCCCGGGCAAGCUCACGUCCAUGCACUUCUACGCCUGGAAGAAGGGCCUCAAGACGGGCAUGUACUACCUGCGGACGCGCCCGAAGGCCGACGCCAUCGCCUUCACGGUGGACCAGGCCAUGGCCGCGAAGUCGCGCGGCGAGAACGCGCUCAAGCCCGUGAACACGGAGCCCGAGGAGUGCCUGAGCUGCGGCGCGUUCGUUUCCCGCGUCUUGUGUUUUUCGUUUGCGCGAGAUGUACACCCCGCGGACCUCCACGCGGCGAUGGCGUGCACCGCCCGCCGUCACCGCGCUACGCCGUCGCCGCGUCGACGCUCUCGAUACACGCAGGUAAAACUAGGCGCGUACCCCCCUUUCCCCCCAUUCUAACUUGAACGAUUACA